AAGCAACCCACUAUUAGAUCUUUCAUAAUUGCUGGGUAGCAGAAAUUAGCAGAGUUAAAAGAGAGAUAGAGACAAACAGGGAAUUCCUAAUAAGAUGAGAUCAGUGCUCCUCGCCAUAUCUUUGACCUCCAUGUUUCUGCUUCCAUCCUCUUCUUCCUCUCCAACGCACUGGUCAUCAGAUCCGUUGUUGGAUCACAGUGGGUUCAACAGCUUGAAAGCAGCAGCAGAUGUUGAGAAACUUGGGAGGGGCCAUGGUGGAACAGCCGGAAGUGGAGGGUCAGGUGGUAUACCAGACAACAGCGGCGGUGGUGGAAACGUGCCUGCG